GACAAACUUUAGCAGCGAUUGCUCAACUUUUUAUGUUAGGUGUACCUCCAAAAUUAGCGAAUAUUUGGUUUUCACAAUUUGGUGAACAAAAUUUUGCAACUUCUGUUGGUAUUACGGCCAAUAGCGCCGGAGCUGCUGUUGGUGAUAAAUUGUUCAUGUUAUUAACAACAUCUUACGCACUUGUCACCGGUGGUCUAUAUGCUUUAACCACUUUAUUGUCUCAAAUGAUAUUGCCUGUGUUUGAGCAAUUUGAUGAG